AUGGUGCAUGUCACUGGUUUUACUGGAAUGUUCGAGUUCGAGGCUCGCGAAGCCCCGAACCCCACAGCCAGCACAAGUUUCGCGAAAUUGGUGGUGGUAGGAGCCCUCGCUAGGCCUGCUACUCCAACCCAGAUACGACAAGCGCUUCGAAACGUUCCGAUCGACAAUAGGGACAGAGGGUUCAACUGUCAAACGUGGAUCGAGAGUGCUCUCAAGGCCCUGAAGGACCAUUGA